GCGGGAAUCUAGUCCAUGGGCAGCUUCCGCCGGUGACGGUUGUCCAGUUGGGUGGCCUCUGCUAUUGAUCAGGUGAAAGUGAAAGAACCAAACUGUCAUUGACCAAGUGAUAAAGAGACCCAGCAGGGGAUGACAUCUCCAUAAUUAACGACCGAGGAAAUUUCGCGUAAAUGAGCCGUGAUUGAGCUGGAUAAUUUGGUGGUGCCGGCUGGAUGGAAUUGGAUUAGGUGCUUGGGGAUCACUCGCAGUUGAGUUUGGUGAAGGGCAUCAAAAAAGUAUGCGUGCUGUUACCUUUAAUGAGCCUUUGGAAAUAAAUAUUGGUGUGUGGAUCCAGAAUGGAUAUCCUUAUGGUUCGUUUGAACUCGUAAAAAUUUGCAUAUUGUAUAGCGCGCGUGGUGCUUUCGGAAUAUGAGGCCACCGAAAUAAAUCAUUUUGAUGAGUAUGAACUUGUUGUGCAAGGGAAUAACUGCAGGGAGCUUUGACAGUUAAUUCGGAUACACGGGGUGAACCUGGAACAUGAUAAACGUGACUUACACGUGGAAAGGGAAACAACAAAAAUCGUAAUAAAUAAACGUAGCAUAGAUAAGUGUUUAAUGUUGGUGUGUCUCAUGAGUUCCGGUUUGUGUGUUUUUCUCCCGUUGGGAUGCGUGAUCGAUGAAUACUUGCCUCCCUCGGCUCAGUGUGAGGGGCGGAAUGUCUCUUGCCCAGAAUAAAUCAUUCUGGCAGAUAUAAAUCACCUCGAGCAUUGCAGAAAGAAUGAAAUGCGUUUGUAUGUUCGCUGGAAUAUUGUGGAAGUUCGCGCGAGAAGAUAGGUGCUCAUAAUUUGUGAAUAAAGCUGAAGCUAAGUGUUCCUCAUUGGUGUCUAGUUGAUGACAAUUGGUGCCAUAUACCAACGCGUUAGGUCGUUGGGAGAAUUUAAUGUGAAGGUCGAGAAGUGUUUUAAUUGUGAAUAUUACAUGUUUAAGUUAAGUGUCAUUGUUGAUGUUGAUUAAAAAUAAUAUUGCGAUACAUGUAAUGGAUAUUUGUGUCUCUCAUGUGAACAUAUUGAGUGAAACAUUGAUGUUGAGUUAUACGGAUAUUUUUCGCCGACGAUAAAACAUGGCUCUUGUUUGGAAUCGGUUAGUGCGUGUGGCGUCGUGAUGUCGUCAAAAAUUCAGUCGUGAGGUGAUGUGUGUUUCUGUGUGGAAUUUGUUCUCGUCGAAAAGCACGUUACUUGUUGUGUAUAGCUUAAAUCAAUGGUGCAUUGUUCAAUUAGUGAUGAUCGAGUUGUCAAAUGUGGCGAUAUUCCGCUAACCGGUAGAGUUCGAGUGAAUGUGACGGGGUGACACGGAUCGACAGAACAUGAGCGAAACAGUCGAGCUGGAGCGGCUCAUCAAUUGUACCCAGGCCACGAUACGGCGCUUUCCGUGGUCCACCGAGUACAAUGCGACUGUGAUUGGCGAGCUUAAUCGGACGGAAGUGCUUGACGUGCUCGGUGAGAUGAUAACGCGGGGGAUGAGCCACAAACCGGCGGCGGGGGAGUCGCUCACGUUAAGAGAAUUCAUCACCGAGUGUCUGUUCCUAACCAUCAAAAGUCCAUACGAACUGCCUUGGCAAUUAAAGACUGCAUGGGGCGUCGUUUUUGGUGCUAUGUUGCUGGUUGCCAUCACCGGUAACAGUAUCGUGUUGUGGAUAGUUUUAGCGCACCGCCGGAUGCGAACCGUCACCAAUUACUUCCUGCUGAACCUGAGCGUGGCGGAUUUGCUGAUGUCCUCGUUGAACUGCUCGUUCAACUUCAUCUUCAUGCUCAACUCGGACUGGCCGUUUGGGGCAGCCUACUGCACGGUCAACAACUUCAUCGCCAACAUGUCGGUGGCGUCCUCGGUGUUUACCCUGGUGGCCAUCUCGCUGGAUCGAUACAUUGCGAUUGUGCAUCCGUUGCGGCACAGGACAUCCCGGAAGAAGGCUCGCUUGUUCCUGCUCAUCAUCUGGGCGCUCAGCUGUGUGCUGGCCUCGCCCUGUCUCAUGUACUCAACUGUGAUGACGAAACGAUACAACAACGGCAAAACUCGAACCGUGUGCUAUAUGCUGUGGCCCGAUGGACGCUAUCCGACAUCGAUGGCGGAUUACAUCUACAACCUGGUGUUUCUCGUGCUGACUUACGGCAUCCCGAUGCUGAUCAUGAUUGUCUGCUACUCGCUGAUGGGUCGCGAACUGUGGGGCAGCCGCUCGAUAGGCGAACACACCGAGCGACAGCUGGAGUCGAUGAAGUCCAAAAAAAAGGUCGUACGUAUGUUCAUAAUCGUGGUUACGAUUUUUGCCAUCUGCUGGCUGCCAUAUCACCUCUUUUUUGUGUACGCCUACCACAACAACCAGAUGACAUCCUCGAGCUAUGUGCAGCAGCUGUAUCUGGGCUUCUACUGGCUGGCCAUGUCCAACGCGAUGGUCAAUCCAAUUAUCUACUACUGGAUGAACAGCAGAUUUCGUGUGUACUUCCAGGAAAUAAUCUGCUUCUGCUGUCUACAGUUAAUAAACUCCCGAAUGAAGGAUGGCGUGCCGCAAGGUGUGCUGCUGAACAAAAACUCCAACUCCGAGCUGGGCCGGUACCGUUCCUACCGGCAGCGAUCGCUAUCGGUGCGAUGGCGACCCCAAUACCACAGCACCGAGGAGUACCGGAUGCGGCUGGCGGCGCCCCAGCUCCGGAACCGGUCGGUGGUGAGCGUGGUCAACGUGAUCGAGAACAACAACAAGCUGGACCCGCAUCAUCACCAGACCACGGAUAUCAACGAGCUGCAAGCACUCAACCUGCUGCCGAGGCACUCGACCUCGCAGGAUUCGUCACUCAAACAAAGGGAGAAUUCCUCCAGCAGCCACAGUCACGAGUACUCAUGACAUCCGCAGUACGAUUAAUGGCGUGAGCCCGUGGCUGUGGCCGAGGAGCAGAUGUAGCAGGUGCUGUAGCGUUAAGUUAAGAUGCGGGAAAGGAAGGUUGUAGAAACAGAAAAAAAGAUGCCAAAAGAUAUGACGUUGAUUAGUUGUUAGUUAAGGUCGAUAGAAGAAACUUUUCUUAGAUGUUCGAUAUCGAUUGUUUUCCAAUGUACAUGAUCUCACAACCACCAAGAUAAAAGUUGAAAUGAAAUACGAAAUGUGGUAGAUGUUCCAUACGGCCAGAGGAGCCAUAUCCGGUUGUUUGCUCAUCGAGAAAACUUUUCACAAUCCGAUUAUUUGCGAAUUAGAUUCGAUUAUAUCCAAUUUGUACUACGGUUAGCCCAAGCAAAGCUGGAAAUUAAACAUCCGAAGGGAAACAUGAGCUAAUCUGUGCAAUACACCGUAACUUCGUUCUAAUUUGUUUACGUUAGAGAGAGUUCUGCAGCUCUAGGGUUUAAGUUGGAAUGAAUGGUAAACAUAUUUCAUGGAUCGGAAAAUUCGCAUAUGUUCACAUGCCAAAAGAUGAUAUAUUAGGCUACACUCACACAAAUCGAGCGCCGUGGAAAAAAGAACUAACUUGCGCGCUCAUUCGAAUAAGUUUUCGAAUUGAAAAUUUUGCAGCCAGGGAAGGCGAAAAUAUACGAAAGCCAAAAUCUCCGGUACGAAUGUAGAUGUAAGCGUGUAUUAAUGUUAAAACAGCAUAAAUAAUAUAUAUUUUUUAGAAGUGAAGUCGUCCUCUAGCCGAACGAAGAGCAAAAAAUAAAUAAACGAAAUGU